AUGAGUAACCACGAUAGUGGAAGUGACUGUCAUUCAGAAGAUCAUUCCUUCUCCUCGUCACAUUAUGAAACUAGGAAAAGUCAAGCCCAGCUGGAAAGUCCUAUAAGAUCCAGGCCAAGUCAAAGGAUAAGCGAUCAAAGCAGCACCCAAGAACCUAAGGCAGAUGAUCAAUUAACACCUCUCAAAAAGAGUCGUUUUGAAUACAAUUUGAGUGAAAUACGCCAUGAGUCCGAUUCUUCAUCCCCUCUUGGCAAGAUGCCAGACAAAGCUGUAGUUUUUUCGCCUCCUCCAAUUCCUUCUUCUCCCUCCAAGUAUAGACAUUCAGAGUCUAGCAACACUAGCGAUCAGCCUACUGCCAAUAACAGAUUAUCAUUUAUAUCCCAAUAUUCGGGAGUGGUCAAUGAAGUGGACCAAAUCCAGUAUAUUGUCGAUUCCACAAGCCAGGGUGCUAGUGAAGAGAAAACAACAGCAACAGUCUCCAAAUUGGAACCAGAAAAUGUUUCCGAUGCUGCCAAAAAUCAAGUAGCAGCUUCAACUGACCACUCCAAUGAAACUAUAAAGUCUCAUUGCCCGAAGAAAGAAUCUUUGGCCUCACUAGAGUCAGCUGAAUCUUCAAAAGUUUCCGGACUGGGUAUUUUGACAACCAUUACAAAGGAAGAAAACUUGUCACCUGAAAGGGUCUCAGUAUUGAAUAUUGACCCUACCAUUCCUCCUCGUUCUCAUAAGCGACCUAAGUCUGAAAGUUUGUCUCCAGAUUAUGUCCGCAUCCAUCUAACAGAAAACCAGAGACUCGAUUUAUUGGGUAAGAGAAGUUCAUUGAAUAUAGAUGACCAAACAUCAAAACGGUUUUCAACGCAUUCCACUUCGUCUAAAACCUCCUCUACAACACCUUCGUCUCCGCUCAAACGUAAAACCGAGGACUUGGAUAAGAUUAUGAAAGAAUUACAAGAUUUUCAAAACGAUAACCUAGGAUUUGCUCCUAUCAAGCCGCUUAUUGCAGAUAAUAACAACUCGAGUUUUUCAGCAGCAGAAAUGUUUUCAUUUCACACUGCAAACUCCGGCACUUCUUCUGUAGAUCUAUCGAAGAAACCAGUUUCUUCAGAUCAAUCCUCACAAGAAGAACCCACAACUCCUAAGGAAGAGCUGUACGAAGAUGAAAAUGAUGAAGAUUACACAGAUAUCGAAGAUGCCGAUAAAGGGCACGAGGAAACGACUAUCGUUCAACAGGUCGCUCAUUCUACUAAGCGUAAGCAGAGACAAAAAAGCCAAGACGAAAACAUCGAAAGUCAGUAUCUUCGUCAUCUGACAAAAAGAGACCAUUCUCUAUGCAGACAUUGGCUAAGUUUCUAA